AUGAAAUUUAAUGAGAUAACAGGUAAAUGCCGAUCAGAUGGGGAAUUGAAGUUAGCUUGGAAGAGGAUGAAGUUGUCGGCUAAAUCAAACGUAUGUACAUAUAGGAGGAGGGAACGAUCAAAAACAGGGGGUGGCGAAAAACCACUAUCACCUACUCCUGAGGACUUACAAAUUAUGGCAAUUGCUCCUCACGACUUUGUCAUUGAAGUUAACGAUUAUGAUAGUGAUGCAGUGAAUCCAGUGACUGCGGCUACAACUACAAAAGAAAUGUUUGCUGACCCUAAGCCUUGCCUUAGUUUUAAUAAAAAUGACACACCAGUAGUUAUAAACAUAGAAUAUCCAGAACUCAAUGUCGAGGUGCAAGAGAUAUCAAACGAUCCAACUACGGACACAGAAAUGAAAAUAACCAACAAUGAAACUGCUAAUACAAGGGGCAUUACAAAAACAAAAGACAGGAAAAGGGGCUUGCGAAAUAGAAGAGAAGAUAUACAGCAAACAAUCAUAAAAAGCAAUACAGAUUUUAAAAAAAGACAACUAGAAAUGAUGGAAGAGGAACAUAAAUACAACAUUAAAAUAGCCAAAUUAAAAAAUUAG